AUGAGACCUGUUCCAGAACUCAGGACAGGAGAUAUUGUAGAAAUCAAAUUGGAAGUUCCUGAGAACAGACGUAGGCUAUCUAUCCACAAAGGCAUAGUGAUGUCGAGACAAAAUGCAGGCAUACACACUACCAUUCGUAUUCGUAGAAUUAUUGCUGGUAUUGGUGUUGAAAUCGUGUUUCCCAUAUACUCUCCCAACAUCAAAGAGAUAAAAGUGGUGAGUCACAGAAAAGUGAGAAGAGCAAGGCUUUACUAUCUGAGGGACAAGCUUCCCCGUCUGUCCACUUUCAAGUAA